AUGACCGCCACCAACGAAUUUGGCGACGGCGGCGGCGGCGGAUUUGUCAACUUUAUCAAUGAAAUCGGCCAGAAUCGGAAUAUUCUCAUCAAUAUGUUCAAUGCUGUUCAAACGCAAGGAAUUCCCCGAUGGAUUGUCGAAGUUCGCCACGCGAUCACCCAUAAUCAUAUGCCGGAUUUGGACAAAUUGCGAGAAGCGACGAAAUUCUGCCAUCAAUGGCUUCUACGAAGAUUCUGGCAGCAGGAUGUUGGGAAUGCGAUGAACAUGGGCCGAUCGGAAUCGCCACCGACGGGGCUUGUCAGCCAGGAAAUCGCAUUCGAGUCCCGAUUUUCCAAGCAUCUUCAGCAAUUCAAAAGCUGGAGAGAUAAGAAUGGGCAUACUGUUGAUUUGAAGAAGCCGCUCACCUGGGAGAUCCAGCAACUUUGUGAGGAUAUGGCCAUACAACCUGAGAGAUUCUUCUACACACUGACAAAACCGGGAUUUCUAAUUCUCACUCCGAAACAAUUGAAAGAAGCGAAAAUUGAGACAUCGAGAGAUGACAGUUUUACGAUUCCAGAACGAGUCCAACUAUAUUGGCAGCCAAUUCUCGUGAUGAUUUUUGAUAAUAAAAUGACACCAGAGUUUUUGUGUGCGAUUUUGAAUCGUCUUCGGAAUAUUGAUUGUUGCGAGAAAACUCGCGAUCAGCUUUUGGCGAUUUUCAGAGAAAUCGCGAUUUCUUACGUAAAUGCGAAUAUUUUUAAUGAAGAGGAGCUCACAAAAGUGUUUGACAGCAUGAUUUUGGUGCCUACAAUGAUUGCCAGGAGUGUGUUUGAAUUAUUCAUGGAAAAAAUGACGAGUUUGUCGCGAAAACGAAGGAAACAGAUUUUAAAAAUGCUCGAUAUAUCAAAUAUGGGUGUCGAAGAGCCGCCGACAACUCAGGAUGAGUCGUUUUAUACCGUUGAAGAUAUCCAAAAUUUACUGAAAAAGGAUCGCCUAGCUCGAACACAAAAUUCGUCGUCACGAUUCGAAUUGUGCGAUCCGAAUGAUUGGAAAUACCUGCCUUUUGGAAUUUCGCCCGGUCAGGACGUUCGAACUUUCAGUUUACUCAUCACAGAUGAUAUUCUGUCAAAGCUUAAUUCCUGA